CAUUAAUUACUUACAGUUCUUCCAAGGCACAGCACAAACAGCACGCAGCCAAGCUAGUUUCAAAAUAUAAUCAUAAGUAUCAUGAACUCCGCUGUACCACAUGUUCAAUGAACUUACCAUCCCCAACAGCAAGCAUCAUUGUCCUGACGCUGAGGCUGUUGUUGAAUGUACACAGUCUGAGGAGGAGGAGUGGGCUGGUAAUACCCCUGAGGUUGUUGCUGGUAGUAACCUUGUUGAGGUGGUGGUUGGUAAUAUUGGUUUUGAGCCUGGUAGGAUUGGGGAGGGGGAGGGUAUGAGUAGCCUUUGUUUUCCAUGGUGCGAGAUUGGUAGCGGUUUGAAUGUGGAAAGAAGAAACGCAGGCGGUCCAGGGCUUGCAGAAACCAAAUUUCAGAUUCUUGCUGUGACGGUCUUUUCUUAUUCUAUUUUUUCCGUUUGCCAAGAGCCCAGUAACUGCGGAUACUCAAUACAGCUGGCUGGCUUGUGUGGCACAUGUCUCAAGGCUGACCACGCACUUCAAAGCAUUUCUUUUCAUUAUGGGUUGGUGGGUUAAAUUAUUACAAAAUAAUAAU